CCUCCUCUCAUGGCCAUGGCGACCAUCACCUGCCACCUCCCCCCUCUCCUCCCUGGCCCCGCCUCCCGCCACCAUCUCAACCUCCAACCCUCCCCGCCCCCCUUCACCCGCCACCUCCGCCCCUCGCCCCCGAUUCGUCCCCUCCGGGCCGCCCGCCGCCGCCACCCCGACGCCGUCGUCGUCGUCCCGGACGCCCGACCCUGGGUCGGCGACCUGUCCGGAGCCGCUUCCUACCGGGACGGCAGCGAGGAAGACGGGGACGAGGCGGGGAGCGAGGACGAGGACGAGGACGACCGCAGCCUGGACCUCCUGGCCCGGUUCCUGCACUCGGUCUUCAGGAAGGCCUCCCGCCGCGCGCGCCGCGCAGCCAGGUCCGUGCUGCCGCCCUCCGUCCCCCCUGAGCUGGUGAAGUUCUCGGUCAAUGGUGUGCUGGUUCUGACGUUCUUGUGGAUCCUCAAGGGGCUUCUUGAGGUGGUCUGCACAUUUGGAAGCAUGGUGUUUAUAAGCAUUCUUCUCGUUCGAGGAAUAUGGUCCGGAGUAACCUACAUCAGAGAAAACCGAUACAGCUAUAUUCAACAACUCAAGGACGAUGACAGCCGGUGGAGCAGAGUACAGACUGCUGGUUGAUUAUUUGAUUUCCUUGUCGGCAAAAACACUCAUUGAAUCAAAGGGGCCAUGAAUAACCCAAGGCCACUGUUGAGAUAGCAUGCCCCCAGCUCUGCGCAAACUGCUGAUGAUUGUUGUUCCUGUAUAGCACAGCUGCACCAGAAUGGAAGGGAACCCCAUGUGCUGUAUACAAAUAAUCGGUUCUUUUCGACAUGGUUCGUGUGGCGUGCCGUAGAAUAGCUAAAUGGUGCCGCAUAAUGUUACUAGCAUGCGGCUAGUUGGGUUUUAUGCCUAGCCCCUGUACUAGCCGAUGUACACAAAGGCUCAUGUUUGUUGUAUGGAAGGUGGUUCGAAGUA